GGUUAAUACAUCUACCCCAGAGUCCUUAGGUAAAUGAGAAGGUUGUACUUUCAGGGAAUAAAAGUAUCACAGUGAGAAACACUGCAGAUCAGGAGGGAUUAGGUACUGCCACAUUCCCAGGCUCAGCUGUACUUGUGAUACUUGUUCAUGAAGAAAUGGCAGAGAACCAUGCCAUUCUUAACCAGGGGGAAGACAAUGAAAUGAUAUAUUGAUGUACCUGUUUUGCAGGAACUGUUUGGAUUCAGGACACAGAGGUGGCGCAAGGUUCUGUGUAUUCUAGGUUACAUUUUCUCUCUGGGCUUUCUUAGACUCCUUUUCUAUUGGAAGCCAGAGAUGGAUGUUUGGUGUCACUGCGUUCCGUGCAGUUUGGCAGAAGCUAACGUUGUUUUGCUCAGAACCACAGGUGAAAGUAAGGAAUACAUAAGAAAACUUGUGAAAGAGACUCAUAUUAAUGUAGCCAGCAAAAAAACAGGUCAUCUGAUUGUCCAUGAUGAAAAUUCAGUUAUAAGCAAAUCCAUUAUGAAGCCAGAUGGCAAGGUGCGCUAUAUACAAGUACAAAAAAUACGCUAUGUAUGGGUCCCUCCUGAAUCCAAGUUUACAAAAAUUGGGGUUCUAGAUGAUAGCCUCUCAUGCUCAGACAUCCAUUCAAAAUAUGGUAUUGGUCUCUCCAAAGAAGAACAAGACAUCAGACGACAAAUCUGUGGGCUAAACACAAUCACAGUGAAGGUCACGCCAAUCUGGACACUACUGGUCAAAGAGGUUCUCAAUCCAUUUUAUGUUUUUCAAGCUUACUCUAUAAGCAUGUGGAUAGCUAUAUCAUACCUUGAAUUUAGCUUGACUAUGUUGUUCAUGACCCUAUUGUCUAUUGCUGCAACCGUAUACAAUCUGAGAAUGCAAUCUGUCAAACUGCACAAAAUGUCAGCAUCCUAUAACAGCAUUAUGGUUACCGUACUUCAUGAAAAUGGAGACCUUGAAGAAGUACAGUCUCAGUCGCUGGUUCCCGGUGAUGUGAUUGUUAUUGGUGGAACAAAGCUUUUUUUACCAUGCGAUGCUAUUUUACUUAGCGGAGGAUGCACUGUGAAUGAAGCAAUGUUAACAGGAGAAAGCAUUCCAGUGACAAAGACUACACUACCUAAUAUAAACAACUGCAUUCCAUGGAUAACACACAGCGGUGAUGAUUACAAGAAACAUAUUCUCUUUUGUGGAACUGAGGUCAUCCAGACCAAGGGAAGUGGUCAAGAACUUGUGAAAGCUGUUGUCCUACAAACUGGAUUUAAUACAGCAAAGGGAGACCUAAUGAGAUCCAUUCUAUAUAACAAGCCAGUCGAUGUGAAGCUGCACAGAGAUGCCAUUAGGUUCCUCAUGGGACUCGUGGUUAUUGCUAUUAUUGUAGUUAUCUAUACAGCGAUUGUCUUCACAAAGAAUGAGGCCAGUGUUCAUGACAUAGUAUUGAUGUCAUUUGUGAUGCUAACCGUUUCUGUGAACCCAGCUAUUCCUGCUUCUCUUACGCUGGCUCUUCUCUAUGCUCAGACGAGGCUGAAGAAACUGGGCAUUUUCUGCAUCAGUCCUCAAAGGAUAAAUGUAGCCGGGCAACUAAAUCUCAUAUGUUUUGAUAAAACAGGCACUUUGACAGAAGACAUCUUAGAUUUAUAUGGCAUUCUUCCUUGUGAUAACAGUCGUUUUCAGGAUGUGAUUUUGUUCAAUUCUUUUCAUACUCUGACCUGGUCCCACAUACUUAAAUCAAUGACUACCUGUCAUUCACUUAUCAUGCUGGAUGGAAAAUUACAGGGAGAUCCACUGGACUUGAAGAUGUUUGAAGUAACUGGUUGGGAACUUGAAGAUUAUGAGGCUACAGUUAAUGAAGAUGGUCAUAUGCUUAGUUGCACAAUGGUAAAACCUGGACCAAGAGCUAAAAAGGUGCCAGUGGAAGGAAUCAUCAUUCUGCAUCAGUUCCCCUUCUCCUCCAAUUUGCAACGCAUGUCUGUGAUCACUCAGGUUAUUGGCGACAGAAACCUGUCAUUGUUCAUGAAAGGAGCACCAGAAAUGGUCAUCCGUUACUGUAAGCCUGAAACAGUUCCACGAGGUUUUUCCAAGACGCUUGACCUCUAUACAAAGCAAGGUUUCAGAGUUAUUGGAUUGGCGUAUCGAUCACUGCAGAAUAAUGGACUACCAGAUUCACUAGACAUAGACAGGGAAGAAGUUGAGUGUGAUCUCAUAUUUCUAGGCUUACUGAUCCUAGAAAAUCGACUUAAGCCAGAGACAAGUGCGGUAUUGCAGGAGCUCAGCGAAGCCAACAUUAGAACUGUGAUGGUGACAGGCGAUAACCUUCAAACAGCUGUGACAGUUGGGAAAAAUUCAGGGAUGAUUCCUGAUAACGGUAACAUCAUUAUGUUGGAGGCCUGUGAACCUGAUAAAGAUUUACCGGCAUCACUUACUUGGAAAUCCAUGACAGAAAACCAAACCGACGAAAACCUUUCAAAACCAAAAGAUUCCCGUAUUGCUGUUAGUGAUGAGUGGAUAAAUAAAAAAAACUCCACUAUUUUGGGGAACUUUCACUUUGUACUGACUGGAAAGUCCUACGCGAUUAUAACUGAACACUUUUACAAUGUACUACCAAAGAUACUGCUAAAUGGAACCAUUUUUGCUAGAAUGACUCCGAGUCAAAAAUCUAAUCUUGUUGAAGAACUUCAAAAAUUGGAAUACUUUGUUGGGAUGUGUGGAGAUGGAGCAAAUGACUGUGGGGCACUUAAAAUGGCGCAUGCUGGAAUUUCUUUGUCAGAGUUAGAAGCAUCUGUUGCAUCUCCUUUCACUUCAAAUAUUCCUAAUAUUACAUGUGUUCCAAAGCUCAUCAAGGAAGGUCGGAAUACGCUUGUUACAUCAUUCUCCCUCUUUAAAUUCUUGACGAUGCACACCCUGAUUGCAAUACCUGCCACUAUGCUUCUUUUAUGGAAACAAACCAUUCUUGGAGCAUAUCAGUACCUCGUGCAAGAUUUGUCUAUAAGCUUUUCAGUCACCUUAACUAUGAGUCUGAAUGCCCCUGCACCGAAGCUUGCUCGGCACCGACCACCAGGACAUCUUCUCUCUCCUCCUUUGUUACUCUCAAUUCUGAUGCAUUUAAUUUUCACCAUGGUAGUCCAGUUUACUGCUUUCUUCUUACUUCAGCAGCAGCCAUGGUUCAGUGAAACUGACGUGUUCAGUGCAUGUCUUCCCUUAAACCUCAGCACAGAAAAUAUUACAAUGAGGGAACAAGGAUUUGCAGAGAACUAUUAUACCGCUACAAUGUUUCCUCUCACAGGCUUCAAUCUAAUUAUUAUAGAAUUUGUGUUCUCCAAAGGCAGACCAUUCAGACAGCGCCUGUAUACCAACUAUCUGUGUUCCUUUUUGAUCAUUGCACAAGUGGCAGUCUUUGUAUUUCUCCUCUUUGCUGAUAUUGAGUCUGUGUACGCUGCUAUGGAGCUUGCGUGCACCCCAUAUAACUGGAGAGUGAAGAUCUUCAUUAUGGCCCUUGUUCAGUUCGUUGUGUCUUACGUGGCAGAGGAAGGGUUCAUUGAAAACAGAAAUCUCUGGCUCUUGAUAAAGAGACUAUUUAACUACAAGUCGAAAAGUCAGUACAGAAAAUUGCAAAGGAGAUUACAGAAAGAGACAGAUUGGCCUCUUCAGAGCAGAACAGACUAUGCAAUGCAGGUUGGUCCUGUAAAGGACUGUGAUGCUAUUGUGUACAGUAACCCAGUUUCCUGUACAGCCCGACGUAAUGUAAAAGAAUCUCCAUCAGAACAGACAUUUGUAACGAUGAUGUGAUUGCAAAGUUUACAAAAAACUUAGAAUUUAUGUGAUUGUGAUUAAUUCUGUUAUUCAGUAACAUAACUGCAUACUUUUAUGCAUUGUAAUAAUAUCAGAAAUACUCUUUGCUGAAGUUCAUUUAAUAAAGUUGUAAUAAAUAUAAUAUUUACAUAUACUACAACUAGAGAAGUGCACCGGCCAAAACCUUGUGUUUCGGGUUUUGAUUUUGGAUCUGUAUCUUCUUUGUGUUUUGGAUCUGUAUCGGUUUUGCUAAAACUGCCCUUAUGAGUUUUGGAUCUGUAAUAUUUUGAAAAAAUCAUAAAAACAGCUAAAAUCACAGAA